CGCAACUGACAGCUCGGGUAUAAGACCUCCGCGCUCACAGACAGCAGCCGCUCAGCUCAACCAACUCGAUACAUGGAGAAGACACAGACCAAACGCUCGGAGGAGAUACCGGUGCUUCACAAACAGGAAUCAGGAUGGUCUAUAGCUCGGCUCUGGUCUUUGGACACCUCUUGUCGGAGGAAGAAAACGUCGUAGAGAUGAUAGGAAAGUGCUUUUGUCCGCUAAAGACAACAGGACAAAAGAUGAGUUCAUCCCGGCGGGGAAGCGUCGAGAGCUACGAAGAAAGCGAGAGCAUUUCAUCCUUUGCUGACCUGGACGCCGGUCUGGAGCACGAACAGCGGCUUUUCCAGCAGGUUGUGACUCAGCAGAUGGAGCGUCGCCUCACUGAGGCCAAGGCUUCCAUCCUCAACUGCCAGGUGCUCCUGCUGCCUCGCCACAUGACCACCAGGAUUAGUCAGGAUGUGGUGCGUGCCUCUGCUGAUGAGCCCUGUGGGCUCCGGGGGGCCUCCAUCAAGCUCUACAUCGAUGGCAAAGAUGGCCUGAAGUACAUCGGGAGCAUCUUCCCCGAUUCCAGCGUCACACCGACUUUCGAGCUAUCUGUGGUCUUCAAGGCAGAAAGUGACGGCUGGCCGUCAUUCAAGAACAUCUUCGAUGGCAACAAAGUUUUGAAGCUGAGACCAGAGUACCGGCUGGUCAAGAGGAAGCUCUACUCCUCUGCCAGUCCUGUUGUUCACGACUUCAACUAGGGGUGAAGAUGAGACGCUAAACCAUUACCCGUGUGUGGUUUUAACCAUCAGCUACAUGUAGUCUGCCAUGCACUGGAACCUGAUUGCCUUCCUGUAGUUUUUAAAGUGAGUUAUUUAUUUUUCUGUAUGAAAGUCUGACAGGAGGCCCACUAUUUUUCUUCUUUUUUAUAUUUAUUUUUCGCUUUCCUCUAUUCUGUAGUUGGUGACAGUAUUUUUGCACCAGUAUUUGAAUGUAAAGAUGUGUACACUGGAAGUGUGUCAGUACAGGAUUGGGCAGGCCUCAUUCCUGAAAGAUGCCUCUUAAUAUACAGAAUGCAAAAUAAACCUUUUGCACAACUUCA